CAGCCCUGAAUCGUGAGCCCAAGGACGGGAAGACGGGAUAUGGCGUGCAUCUCGCAGGUUCGUGUCUUUUUGCCCACAGAGAGAUAGUUGGCCGAGGAUUCAGGAUCCGUCACCAGCCCAUCCAUCCCUCCAUCUAACCCUCGUGCAACGAUUCCAGCAACCAUCUUUUCAGCUCUUCGUCCCCCCAACUGCUCUGUCCUGCGGGAAUCCUUUCGUGUGACAAGCCCACCUUUUUUUCUCCACUCUUCCUCAUCCUUGGUCUGCUGCACACUCGACACCACACAUCAUCCCACACCACCGGCGAGAAGCAGAGUUUGCGAUUCCCAGCAAAAAGCAAAAAGAUGCGGUUUGACAGGUCGCUAUGGCAGACGAAACAGAGGUGACCCAGCCGCCUUCGCACGCGCGCACUACCCCGCCAAAUGGCCAGCCGACCGGCCCCUACUACCACCACUCUCAUCACCACCACCAUCAACAACACCACCCACAUACUCAGGAUAGCGCCCCUUCUCCUCCCCCUUCCGGUACCGCUAAUCACGGCGCUCACGAAGCCACCUUCGUCCGGCCAUCAGACCUUCUACGGCCCAAGCCUGUUCCGCGACACAUACCUCCCCCUGCCCCUCCGAAACCAGAGCGUCCCAUAGACAGAGAUGAAAGAGCUGGCUUGCAUGCGAUACGGGACUUCCUACGAGCGCGCAAAUGCUAUGAUGUGCUGCCUUUGAGCUUUCGUCUGAUUGAGCUAGAUGUCGGCCUCACGGUCAAGGAGAGCUUACAGAUCAUGGUCCAGUGCGGCAUCGUCUCUGCACCGCUAUGGGACUCGAAUACUUCCACAUACGCCGGCCUAUUGACCGUCAACGACUACCUCAACGUCGUCAGGUACUACAAUGUCCACGCCGACAAGCUGAAGGACGUGGAUAAAUUGCUCCUCAGCGACCUGAAAGAUGUCGAGAAGGUCCUCAACGUCAAACCUCCUGAGACGGUCUCCGCCUCGCCCGAGGCUAUCCUCUAUGAUGCUCUCCGCAAACAACUCGUCUCACGCGCUCGUCGAAUACCCUUAGUCAGCUAUGACAGCGACACCCAACGCACCAUGGUCACUUCAGUGAUUACCCAGUACCGUAUUCUCAAAUUCAUCUCCAUGAACGUCAAAGAGACGGAUAUGCUGAAAAAGCCCCUCGAAAUGAUAAAAUUGGGCACAUAUACCGGUAUUGUGAGGUGUAGCAUGGACACUACUGUAUUGGAUGUGGUCGACGAGAUGGUCACCAAGAACAUCAGUAGUGUGCCAGUUGUGACAACGGAAGGUAUGCUCCUGAACGUCUUCGAAGCUGUUGACGUGAUUGAGAUUCUUAAAUCCGGCGACUACGGCAACUUAACUUGGACCGUAGGCAAAGCUCUCAGUUGUCGUUCGCCUACCCACCCAGGUAUAUACUGCUGCUCCAUCGAAGACGGGUUAGACACCAUCUUCGAAACAAUCAAGAAGUCCAGGGUCCAUAGGUUGAUGGUGGUGGACGAGCAGAAUUACCUGAAGGGAGUGCUGAGUCUGAGUGACAUUUUGCACUAUCUGCUUGUAGACGGUUCGGAGGAGAAAGACGGUGCUGGCCAUGGACAUCUCAACGCCGAGAAGAUCUACGGCGCGUGAAGAUCCGUCUUCCACGAAGGAGCUUUCAGACGAACAAUGAUGAGUGAAUGUCUCAGGGAAAAGAACGAAUGGGAAUCAGGAAGGGCGUUGCGUUGGGAUGACUUGGCCUGGAACAGUGCCACCGACAGGUCAGGGGGCGAAUACGGUAAAGGAACACCACAAAGGACGAGGAAUAGCCUGGCGUUGCACAUGGAAUCUUCGGGACGGCGCUGUAACGACAUGGCUGACUGCUGGGAUACGAGCGCAACAACCUACAAUCCAGCCGGGGACGGUAAUGAGAAGAGUGGAAAUGUCAGCCACGCAUGAAGAUAGUAAUAGACGGAUCGGCUUCACAAAGGGCAACGGCACAUGACGUGACAGCAUCGCCGUAACUGAUAGCAGACGCAAUUUUCCCAUCUUUGAAUCAACUCUGAACUGCA